AUGGCGGCCGGGGGUGCCGCUACUUGGGAGCUGAGCCCGGGGCGGCGGCGGCGGCGCUGGGGCGAGGCGGAGGAUGAGGAGGAGCCCCCCGCCGUGCUGACGCUCUGCCACUUCUCGCGCCCACCCUUCCUCAGCUUCGGGCGCGUGCGCCUCGGCGAGUCCCGCGUACGGCUACUGAGCAUUGACAACCCCGACGCGGCGGCGGCCGACUUGGCCGUGGACCGCUUCCCGCCACCGGCCCGCGGCUUCGGCCUGGAGCGCCGCCGCUUCCUCGUGCAGUCUGGUGAAAUAAUCUUUAUUUCUGUAACGUGGACACCGUUAGAAGAAGGAAGGGUCCGAGAACUGAUAACAUUUGUUGUUAAUGGCAUUGUAAAACAUCAGGCUAUAUUGCUGGGUGUGGCUGAGCAGCCUGAGAGAAAACAGAAGAGUCUUGGGGAUGGUAUAAGAAGGAAAAAACCUUCUGAAGCAUCUAUUACUACGAGAACUAGAAAAACCCAGUCAAAUAUUAAAAGAGUUAAUAAAACCUUUCGUGUUUCUCAAAAAGCAGAUAAAGUUAGAAGCCCACUCCAGUCCUGUGAAAAUUUGGAAAUAAGGGAAGAUAAUGUGUCCUCAAGAAACAAGUCUCCUCUCACUAUAGAAAACAAUCUGGCUAUAUCCCCAAUCAGUCCUGUGUUGCAAGAAGGUAAUGAUUUCAUCUGCACUCCUCUCUCAAUGAGACGAUCUACUACCUAUUCAGUUCUUCAUACAGCUGUAAAUGGAGAGAUAAUAUCGGAAACAGAUGCCUGUAGCAUUAAGAAAACAUAUAACGAGGAAACAAAAUCUGCAAGUUCACACAACUCUUCCACUGAAUCAUUAAAAGCACAUAGGUCAGAUAAUGAAGUAGUUCUUAAUGGUAUGCUCUCAUCAGUUUGUACUCCAGAGAGGUCAGCAGCUUUGCCCAUUUUAACUGAUAAGAGAUUUUUAAGUCCCGAUUCUUUUAUAAAUGAUAGUUAUCAAGGUAAUGUUGAUGUUGUUCCAGAGCAAAUUGUUCCAAUUCUGUCACCAGAGCAGUUUGUAAGAGAGAGUUUCUCAGCUAUACAGUGUGUUUCUCAACUCCAUGAAUCAGUGUUGCCAUCAUCCUCCUCCAGUGGGGAGGUCUGCCAGACAAAGAGGCCAAAAUGGGAAGAAAAUCAAGAAAAGAAGGUAAUAGCGCUGCACGUAGCAAGAGACUUUUCAAAUGAUGAUGUUCUUGAUGAUGCAUAUACAGUGAAAUCUCAGUUAGUUAACUAUAACAAACCUAAACAAAAUCAUCUAAGUUUUCCCAAUCCCAUUUGUAGUCGCUCCCAAAGGCAAAAACCAAAGAAACGUCCAGUGUUUUCUGCCACUGUCAUUAAAAAUAAGCCUGAGGCUAAAGAAGGAAAAGUAAUACAGACGGGUAAUUCAAAAUCUAGGAAAUGCCUUAAUAGUGCAAUAAUGGAAUGUGCAAGUGUGGUUCCUGGACAUCCAGAGGCAGAAAUAUAUCAAUACCUUCCAGUUAUAGAGCCUAUUUCAGGUGAAUUUAAAGAUCACAAAGAUGAAGCAAGUUCAUCGUCCACUGGAUCAGCUUCACUUCGCCGUAAAAGGAAAAGUGAGGUAUUUUUUGGAGACCAUAAAGCUAUAGCUCCAGAGUGCACAGAAGAAACAGAAACCAAAAGGAUCUUUAUAUCUUGCAUGGACAAUAAAGAGCAGACUACUCGAAGGCUGCCAGUCUCCAAAAGCUUCACCAACAGAGAGAAAUUAACUUGGAGAAAGAAAGCUGGUUCAUCUCUUCAGAAAGCAUCUAAAACUAAUAACAGGACAACUAAACCUGUGGUUGGUGUGGCACAGUCUCACCUGACCUUUGUCAAACCAUUAAAAACAGUCAUUCCUAGGCAUCCAAUGCCUUUUGUUGCUAAAAAUAUGUUCUACGAUGAACGCUGGAAAGAAAAGCAGCAGCGAGGCUUCACCUGGUGGUUGAAUUUUAUACUUACUCCUGAUGACUUUACUGUAAAAACAAACAUCUCACAAGUAAAUGCAGCUGUCCUUGUUUUGGGAGCAGAGAAUUAUAAAGCUAGUGUUCCUAAAGCACCAACAAAAGAUGAAAUGUCCCUGAGAGCUUAUACUGCUCGAUGCAGGUUGAACAGACUACGACGUGCAGCUUGCCGUUUGUUUACCUGUGAAAAAAUGGUUAAAGCUAUUAAGAAGCUGGAAGUUGAGAUUGAAACUAGGCGCUUAUUGGUUCGAAAAGAUAGACACCUUUGGAAAGAUAUUGGGGAAAGACAGAAAAUCCUCAACUGGCUUUUAUCUUACAACCCUUUGUGGCUACGUAUAGGCCUAGAGACUGUUUAUGGAGAACUGAUUGCCCUGGAGAGUAAUAGUGAUGUUAUGGGUUUGGCAAUGUUUAUUCUAAAUCGCUUGCUUUGGAACCCGGAUAUUGCAGCUGAAUACAGGCACCCCAGUGUACCUCACCUUUAUCGCAAUGGUCAUGAAGCGGCUUUGUCUAAAUUUACGCUGAAAAAAUUGCUGCUAUUAGUUUGCUUUCUAGAUUGUGCCAAACAGUCCAGAAUUAUUGACCACGAUCCUUGCCUCUUCUGUAAAGAUGCAGAGUUCAAGACUAGCAAGGAUAUUCUGUUGGCAUUUGCACGAGACUUUUUGAGUGGUGAAGGUGAUCUUUCCCGCCAUCUUGGGUUCCUUGGAUUACCAGUUAGUCAUGUUCAAACGCCACUUGAUGAAUUUGACUUUGCUGUAACAAAUCUAGCUGUAGACUUACAGUGUGGCAUUCGUCUUGUGAGAGCAAUGGAACUUCUUACAAAAAACUGGACUCUCUCUGAGAAACUAAGGGUUCCUGCCAUAAGUCGUCUUCAGAAAAUGCAUAAUGUUGAUAUUGCUCUUCAUGUGCUUAAAGAACGAGGAGUUCAUCUGCAAGAUGAAACUGGUGCUUCAAUCAAUUCUAGGGACAUUGUGGAUAGACACAGAGAGCGAACAUUAGCCCUGCUAUGGAAAAUUGUCUUUGCUUUCCAGGUGGAGGUUUCCCUGAAUGUGGAACAGUUAAAGGAAGAGAUUGAGUUUUUAAAGAAUGCACACAGCAUAAAGACUAAAAUGGCUGCUCUGAAUCUCUCGGAACAUAAAGGGAGAAAAGACAGCAGUGGUUACCCCUCACCUGAAAGUUACCAGGAAAAUGUGAAACUACUUAUGGAUUGGGUCAAUGCUGUUUGUGGAUUUUACAAUACAAAGGUGGAAAACUUCACAGUAUCCUUCUCAGAUGGACGAGUGUUGUGUUAUUUGAUUCAUCACUAUCAUCCAUGUUAUGUGCCUUUACAAGCUGUGUGCCAACGUACUACUCAAACAGUAGAGUGUACAAAAAAUGGUACUUUGGUGCUCAACUCCUCAUCUGAAUCUGAUACGUCUCUAAAUGUUUUGGAUGGAAUAUUUGACCAAACUAUAAGUACCUCAGUCCUCUAUAAGGAACUUUUGGACAAUGAGAAGAGCAACUUCCAGUUGAUAAAUGCUGCAGUUUCUGACCUGGGUGGAAUACCAGCAAUGAUUCAUCAUUCAGAUAUGUCUAAUACAAUUCCUGAUGAGAAGGUUGUUAUUACCUACCUGUCAUUUCUUUGCUCACGGCUUCUUGAUCUUCGUAAAGAGACCCGAGCUGCUAGGCUGAUUCAGUCAGCUUGGAGGAAACAUAGAUUGAAAGUAGAGCUAAAACUUUUUCAGGAAAAGGACAAAGCUGCUCGGAUUAUUCAGAGAGCUGUGAUAAAUUUUCUGUCUCAGCGACGUGUACAGAAAGAAAUUACGGCUGCAGUUUUCAUUCAGAAACACUGGAGAAGACUUUUAGCAGAGAGGAGAAUCUUGCAACUAAAACGUACAAGACUGGAAAAAAUUAAAAGUGAAUCGGCUGUAGUCAUCCAGACUUACUGGAGGAGCUAUUCCGCUAGGAAGAGAUAUCUACAGCUCAGAUACCAUGCUAUUCUUGUGCAGGCUAGAAUAAGGAUGUUGAUAGCUGCUGCUGCAUAUAAACGACUUCUUUGUGCUACCAUCACAAUUCAGAGGAGACUGCGUGCUUUCUUGUUGGCAAAAAAAUUUCAGCAAAAAUAUGAAACUUUAAAGUGUUCUACACUGAUUAUUCAGUCUGCAUUUAGAAGAUGGAGAAAACUCAAAAUUCAACAGAAAGUUAAAGCCACGCUAGUACUGCAAACUUAUUUCCGAAAAUGGCAAGCCUCAAAAUUGGCUAAAAGAGGGAGAGCUGCUGUUGUCAUACAGUCUUGGUAUAGGAGGAAUGUAGCUAGAAAGCACUAUUUGCAUGUUAGAAAAAGCGUCAUCAAGAUUCAAGCCUGGUUCAGAUGUCACCAUGCUAAAUACUUGUAUGAAGAAAGGAGGGCAAAAAUACAAACAAUUCAGAAAUAUUACAGAGCUUGUAGGUUGGGAACAAUUGGAAGAGGAAAAUAUUUGCAAAGACGUGCAGCAAUUAUAGUUCUCCAGGCUGCUUUUAGAGGUAUGAAAGCUCGUCUGUUAUAUAGGCAAAUAAAAGCAGCUUGCGUUAUUCAGUCAUUGUGGAGAAUGAGACGAGAGAGACUUAGAUUUUUACAUGUGAAGCAAUGUGUUGUUCUGUUGCAGUCGCAUGUGAGAAAAUACCAACAGCUAAAAAGAUACAAAAGCAUUAAAAAUGCUGUCUGUGUGAUUCAAAUUCAUUGUAGAGCAUAUAUUGCUUCUAAAAGAGCUUGCUCUCAUUUCUGGAAAAUACAUCUUGCUGUCCUUGUGCUGCAGUCUGCCUACAGAGGAAUGCAAGCAAGGAGAGAGGCUCACAUGUUGAGAUCAGUGGUGAAAAUUCAGUCAAGUUAUCGUGCUUAUGUUGCCCAGAAGAAAUUUAAAUGUUUAAAAGAUGCUGUUGUGAAGAUCCAGGCUUUCGUAAGGAUGAUGCAAGUACGUAAACGCUAUUGUUCCGUAAAGGAGGCAACCCUCUAUGUUCAGCGAAGAUACCGUUCACAAAAGCAUGUCUUUCAGCUUCAGGAAGAAUACAGAAAAUUGAAACAAGCUUGUGUCCAAAUUCAAGCUGCAGCACGAGGAUAUCUGAUCAGGAAACAAAUCCAAAGAUGGAAGGAGGCUGCAACUAUGCUCCAGGCUUACUACAGAAUGAAAAGGGAUAAGCAGCGCUAUUUAAUGUUGCAUAAGGCUACUAUUAUCAUUCAAAAUCAUUAUCGUGCACACCAAGAGAGAGUCUGUCAGAGGCAGAAGUUCUUGAAAAUCAAAGCAGCAGCUGUUUGCUUGCAAGCUUCUUACAGAGGUUACAGAGUGCGCAAAAUGCAUAAACUUCAGUAUACUGCUGCUGUUAAAAUCCAGACAGCUUUUAGAGCUCACGCUGCAAGAAUGAAAUACCAUGCCAUGGUUCAGGCCUCUGUUAUAAUUCAGAGGUUGUACAAAGCCUAUAAAAUUGGUUCCAAAGAAAGAUCUAACUUCGUAAGAACAAGAACAGCUGUGCUUUCUCUUCAAGCAGCUUUUCGUGGCUGGCAAGUAAGAAAAAAGUUCAGAAGGCAACAUGCUGCUGCAGUUAAAAUACAAUCUGCAUUUAGAAAGUUCAGGGUCCAGAAAAGAUUCGGGCUCAUAACCAAUGCUGCGCUAACUAUGCAGCAGCAUUAUAGAGCCAGGGUUGUAGGUAGAAAACAGCAUCAAGAAUAUGUCGAACUACGACAUUGUGUAGUGCAUCUUCAGGCAAUUUGGAGGGGAAGAAUGGUGAGAGAACACAUUCAAAAGCAGCACCAAUGUGCACUAAUCAUUCAGUCCUAUUACAGAAUGCAUGUGAAUCAAUCAAAGUUGAAAACUUGGAGAGAAGCUGCUCUAGUGAUUCAAAGACACUACAGAUCUCACUGUAUGAAGAAAGAGCAACGUAUGCUUUACCUAAAAACAAAAGCAGCUGUAUUAGUCUUGCAGGCUGCUUACCGUGGAAUGAGAGCGAGGAAACAAUUAAAGGAACUCAACAAAGCUGCUAUUAUUGUACAGGCAACCUACAGAUCUUACGUGGUCAGAAAGAAAUAUGAAGCUCUUAGGGCUGCAACUAUUGUGGUUCAGAGAUGGUAUUGUACAGUUAUUGAAACUAAAUAUCAAAGGCAAGAAUAUUUGACUUUAAAGAAAGCAGUUAUUAAAAUGCAGGCUGUUUACAGAGGUGUAAAAGUAAGAAGACAAAUUCACCAAAUGCAUCAGGCAGCUAUUUCUAUUCAAGCAAUGUUUAAGAUGCACCGCAUGAACAUUAGAUAUCAUGCAAUGAAACUGGCAGCAGUUUUAAUUAAAAAACGAUAUAGAGCAUAUUGUCAAGGCAGAAUGGAACGUAGAAAGUAUUUGGAACUACGUGAAUCAACGCUUAUCCUUCAGGCUGCUUAUAGAGGUAUGAAAGUUCGACAAGAAUUGAGAAUUAUGCAUCAGUGUGCAACAGUCAUACAAUCAUAUUAUCGAAUGUACAGGCAACAACGCAACUUCAUAAAGUUAUCGUUGGUCACUAGACAGAUUCAGCGGCUGUAUCGUGCUCGAAAAGAGCGAGAUGCCCAAGCACACGCACACAAGAUGAUCAAGAAGUCUGUACUCUGUAUCCAGGCUGCAUUCCGUGGAAUGAAAACAAGGAGACAUUUAAGAACUAUGCGUAUAUCUGCAGUCCUUAUUCAAGGAAGAGUUAGAUCUUUCCAGCAAAGAAAACGUUAUAUUUCUCUUAGAGCAGCUGCUGUUAUGGUUCAGAGAAAAUACAGAGCAACAGUACUUGCAAAGCAACAGCAUCAAGAAUUUCUUCGUCUCCGUAAAGCAGCCAUUGCCAUACAGUCUGCUUAUAGAGGCUUUGUGGUAAGGAAGAGAAUUCAGCAGAUGCAUAGGGCUGCUACAGUUAUCCAAGCAGUAAUAAGAAUGCAUAAAACCUAUAUUUCCUACCAUGCUGUCAGGCAUGCUUCAAGAAUUAUACAACAACAUUACCGAGCUUACAGGGAGGGAAAAUGCGUGAGAGAAAUGUACUUAAAACAGUAUAAUUCUGUCAUAGUUCUUCAGGCUGCCUAUAGGGGAAUGAGAACAAGAAUGCUGCUAAAGAAAAAACUUAAUGCUGCAACCAUUAUACAAAGAAACUAUCAAAUGUACAAGCAGCAUUCUUACUACAAGAAGGUGAAGUGGGCAACCAAAGUAAUACAGAAGAGAUACAGAGCCAAUAAAUUGAGAGAAGCUGCUGUACAAAGGUAUUCCUUAAUGAAGAAAGCAGCUACUUGCAUUCAAAAAACUUUUCGAAAUAUGAGAGCAGUAAGAGAACAUAAAAAAAUGCACCAAGCUGCUGUAGUUAUUCAGAGGGGUUUUAAAAUGCAUAGAGAACGGCAAAAAUAUCUUUCCCUUAAAGCAGCUGCUGUUGUCCUUCAGAGAAGAUACAGAGCCUUGCUUUUGGCAAGGAGGCAAACUGGGGAAUACCUUUCUCUUCGAAGAGCAGUAAUUUGUAUACAGUCUCUAUACAGGGGGUUUCAAGUACGGAAAAAUAUUUGGUACAUGCAUUUGGCUGCCAAGACCAUCCAGUCAGCAUUUAGAAUGUAUAGGGUUAGAAUUGCAUAUCAAAACAUGAGAAUUUCGGCUGUCGUUAUACAAAACUAUUAUAGAUCCUACGUUGAAGGAAAAAUUCAAAGAAAGAAAUAUCUGACAAUGCAGAAAUCGGCUGUGGUCAUUCAGGCUGCCUACAGAGGUGUGAAAGAUCGACAAAAACUGAAGAUUAUGCAUGCCUCGGCAGCUGUAAUACAAUCUUUUUAUCGUAUGCACAGACAGCAUAACUAUUAUAAACGUGUAUGUUGGGCAGUUGGAGUUAUACAACAAAGAUUCAGAGCCAAGAGGGCAAGAGAAGCUGAAGUAAAGAACUAUACAAAAAUAAAACAAGCUGCCCUUUGCCUUCAGUCUGCUUUUCGUGCUAGAAAAGCUAGGCUGUUGGCGAAAAACAUUGUAGCUGCACAGUGUAUCCAGUCAGUUUUACAGAUGUACAUAGAAAGGAAACGCUUCCUUAAGAAGAGGGUGGCAGUGGUAGUAAUUCAGUCUGCUUUCCGAUGCCACCAAACAAGGGCUUGGUUUAGGGCAAUCCAGGGCUCAACAGUUGUGAUCCAGAGGUGGUAUAGAGCAUGUCGAAUGGCUCGCUUACUGAAAGCUGAGUACUGUGUCCAAAGGCAAGCCAUCAUAACUAUUCAAUCUGCUUAUCGUUGUAUGGUAGCAAGAAAAUUGGUAAUACGAAUACGGGCUGCAAGAAAGAUUCAGUCUUUUCUUCGCAUGGCUGUGCAUCGUAGAAAAUUUGUUAAGCUCAGAGCAGCAGUUGUUAUGUUACAAACGUACUACUUGAUGCAGAAAGUCAAAUUACAGUAUACUAUGUACAGAAAAGCAGCACUUACAUUACAGAAUCACUACCGAUCUCAUUUGGCUAUGAAACGUCAAAGAGAGGCCUACUUACACACCCAGAAGAGCAUUGUUGUAAUACAGACUAGAAUCAGGGGAUUCAACGAAUGGAGAAGAUUUCAGAAAAUUAAACAAAGCACAAUAAGAAUUCAGGCUUUUUAUCGUGGAUUUAGUCAAAGACGACAGUAUCUUCGGUAUAAGUCUUCAGUUGUAUUGAUACAACAGCACUACAGAACCCGCUGCCUUAGAAAUAUGGAGCGACAAAAAUAUCUUCAAAUAAAAGCAGCUGCACUUAGGCUUCAGGCUUUAUAUAGAGGUUUUCAAGCCAGGCAGUUGGCUGCGAAGACAAGAUCUGCACGAAUGAUUCAAACCUGCUUUCGAGGAUACAGAGCACGAAAAGAAUUUGCUGCUGUGGUAAAAGCUGCUGGUGUUAUUCAGAGGUACCGCAAAACCCGACAGCAAAGAAUCUGGUUUCUGAAGAUGAAAGUCUCAGCAGUUGUCAUUCAAAGGAGAUGGAGAGCAAUCCUUUCUGCAAGAGCAACUCUGCAGCAGUUCCUAGCAGUUAAGGAAGCUGCAGUUAAGAUUCAGUUGGCUUAUCGAAGAUACAGCACUAGGAAACUCAUAGCAAAGAAGCAGCAAGCUGCAUGUUUGAUUCAGGCAGCAUAUAGAGGCUUUAAAGAACGGCAGAAAUUUAUCCAACAGAAAGUUGCUGCUUUGGUCAUCCAAAAACAUGUGCGAGCUAGGUGGGACAGAAGACUUGAAUGCAUAAAAUACCACAGAACUAGAGCAGCUAUAGUUAAACUGCAAGCAUAUAUUCGUGGCUGGUUGGUAAGAAAAAAGAUUUUAGAAGAGAAACAAAAGAAGAGGCUGCUUUAUUUUACAGCUGCUACAUAUCAUCAUCUCUCUGCUAUUAAAAUUCAGAGGUCAUACAGAAGCUACCUUGUGUUAAAACACGCACAAAUGCAGAUCUCUUCUGUCAUAUGCAUACAGAGUUGGUUUCGAGCAAAACUGCAGCAAAAACAAUUUUUACAAGAUCGUCAGAAAAUUGUUACAAUACAACGAAAGGUUCGAGCCUGGCUUAAUCAUAGGAAUGAGGCUGCAACCAUAAUACAACAAGCUGUACGAAGGUUCCUGUUCUACCGGCACAGAAGAAAGCUGAACAAUGGAAUAAUGAAGUUUCAGGCACUGUGGAGGGGACAUUCUUGGAGGAAGAGUCAUGACACAGCAAAAACUAAAGCUCUACGACAUAGUUUGGAAAUAGCCAAUAAAAACAGCAGAGAAGAAAACAAACUAUGUAACAGAACUGCAAUUGCCAUUGAAUAUCUUCUACAAUAUAAACAUAUUUCUUAUAUUCUAGCAGCACUGAAGCAUCUAGAGGUUGUUACCAGGCUAUCUCCACGCUGUUGUGAAGACAUGGCUCAGAGUGGAGCAAUCUUCACCAUUUUUACACUGAUACGAAGUUGCAACCGUAGUGUCCCCUGUAUGGAUGUUAUCAAAUAUUCAAUUCAAGUCCUGCUUAAUGUUUCAAAGUAUGAAAAAACAACCCAAGCAGUUUAUGAAGUGGAAAGUUCUAUAGAUACACUUCUGGACCUGCUGCAGAGGUACAGAGGGAAGGCUGGUGAUAAAAUUUCAGAGAAAGGUGGAAGCAUUUUCACAAAGACCUGUUGUUUGUUUGCCAUUCUUUUAAAGGACUCGAGGAGAGCUUCAGAAAUUCAAAGCAAACCUAGAGCUGUUGUUCGCAUUCAGAGCCUGUAUAAAGUUACAGCUCGUAAACACAAAAUGGAGGCAGAAAGAACACUUUCCAAACACAAGACUGCUGCAUCUGUACAUGGGAAUUACUUUGUUCCUGUAACUCCAGUACGAACAAAAGUAGUUUCGAGGAUUAAACCGGACUGGGUUCUGAGGAAAGAUAACAUGCGAGAAAUUGUGGAUCCUCUUCAGGCUAUUCGAAUGGUGAUGGAUACACUUGGUGUUCCCUACAACUAAAAUGUAAAUUACAUGAAAAUUCACGUGUGCACAUAUGAAAUAUGCUCAUGUGUGGAUGCACAUACAUUUGUCUUGUGUAGUCAAGACAACUAAAUGCUUUUGGAAAGAUUAUUAUCCAAAAGUUACCUCUUAACAAUGCAAGCUUCUAAAAUGGCAUCCUAUUAAUGUUUUGUAAAAAUAUUAUAUCAUGUACAGUUAUUUUUAAUGAUGUUUUGUACUAGUGCCUGAAGCAGUUGUACAAUAAAAUCCUAAACUGCUUUU